AUGCAACGCAAGGCGAAGGACGACGCGCGCAAGGCCCGUCCACAGCAGCUCGUGUUCUCCACCAAGAAGGUCGGCCGCAAAGCGAGAGAUAAAACGCGCCCGCUGCCGUCGCAAUCGUCGCUUGAAGACGAUCCCAAACCUGCUGCUAUCCAGCAUCAAAGCGAGUCCAGUGCCUCGUCUGCCAACGCCCCGGAGCGCGCGCGACACCGCUCGAGUCGCAGCCAACACCGCAGUCACUCUGUGAAUAGUAUGCAGCCGUCGCGCGCGCUGUUACAAGGCGACCAAUCGACUGUGGCCCAAUGUGUGCGGGCGAUGGUGGAGCGAGAGACGGACGCAGCGCUGCUGGUGGAUCGAAACGGCUUGCUGACGGGCAUUCUAACGGACAGAGACGUAGCGGUCAAGGUGGUGGCGGUAGGGAGGGAUCCCUGUAAGACACUGGCGCACGAGGUCAUGACGCCGGGUCCGUCGUGCGUGUCAGCGAGUGCUAGUGCCAUUGAUGCACUCAAGACGAUGAUUUCGGGACAGUUUCGGCAUUUGCCAGUGACGGACAAUGAUAAAGUGGUGGGGAUUCUGGACAUUGCCAAGUGUCUUUAUGAAGCUAUUACAAAGCUCGAGCAGGCUUAUCGACGGUCGUCGGAUCGACUUGAAGAGACGGUGAAGAAGCUGCAAGACAGUCUGGACGGGUCGAGUGAAGCAAACUUGUUUGAGUCAUUACGGCAGAAGCUAUUCUUGCCAACACUUUCGGCAAUCAUCGUCCACGGUUCCGAGGUGCCGGUUCUGAGUCCGACAUCGUCAGCAAUGGAUGCAGCACGUCUCAUGUUAAUACAGAAGACAAGCGCUGUGAUGGUUUGCGAUGAAGCGAAUCGGACUGUGGGUAUUUUCACGUCAAAGGACCUGAUGCGCCGUGUGGUUGCCAUGACGCUCCAGCCGAGUCAAUGCUUACUCUCUAGCGUGAUGACGCCGAAUCCUCAGACAGCCACGCUGGGAACAACAAUCUUGGAGACGCUUCAUUCGAUGCACCAUGGGAAGUUCUUACAUGUUCCUGUGUACGACGAUGGUAGCGCGCUGGUGGGUAUUGUAGACGUGCUGCAAGUCACGCACGGCGUCGUUCAACAAAUGGGCACUUUUCAGAGCGUGAAGAGCGAUAGUGUGCAGCCGCUGUGGGACCAGUUUCGCAGUAGUUUGGAGAAUGCAAACAAAUUGUCGGACAACACUGAGCAAGACAAAGUCAUCAGCGAUGAAUCAAGCGUUUGUGUCGACCAUCCGGAUGCAGAUGGAGUCGAUAUUGCAUCCUUGGUUGGUCGCCAGUCCUGGAGUGAUUUUCAAUCGUCAGCAGGAACGAGUGGUACAGGCGAUCCUGCGACGCUGGAUGAAUCGGGGCAUGUACCCGCCGUAUUCGUUUACAAGCUUGCCGAUUGUUAUGGAAACAACCACCGAUUCAUGAGCUCUGCUGAGUCUGUGAAGGAGCUCCUUGUAGACGUUCAAAAUCGACUGGGCGACAGCACAAUUCGAAGAAUCCUGUACGUCGACGACGAAGGCGACCAUAUACUGCUUUCUGAGGACUCGGACUUGAAGGACGCCGUUAAUCGAGCGCGCACAUGGGGCAACAAGUACAUUCGCCUAAUGGUCAAGGGGAGCUCCUACAACCACCUUGCUGUCCGCCGCGCAUUGGCUAGCAACUCGGACACAGCAAUCGGCAUGGUCGUGUAUGCUGCUGCUGUAGCAGCGCUUGCUGGCGCAUCUUUCUUUCUUAGUAGGCGGAAGUAG